AUGAGUGUUACCAUGCCACCUGAACAUAUCAGGAAAAUUGUAAAAGAGCAUGGGGAUAUGUCAAGUAGAAAAUUUAGUAAAGAUAAAAGAGUGUAUUUGGGUGCACUUAAAUUUUUACCUCAUGCUGUGUAUAAAUUAUUAGAGAAUAUACCAAUGCCAUGGGAAGAAAUUAAAAUGGUUGAUGUUAUGUAUCAUAUCACUGGAGCAAUUACCUUUGUAACUGAAAUACCUAAAGUUAUCGAACCAAUUUAUUUUGCACAAUGGGGAACUAUGUGGAUUGCGAUGAGAAAUGAAAAGGCAAACCGAAAGAAUUUUAGAAGAAUGAUAUUACCAUCAUUUGAUGAUGAAGAGCCACCAUUGGACUAUGGAGAUAACAUUCUUGAUGUAGACCCAAUACCAAGUAUUCGACUAGAAUUAGAUGGAAUAGAAGAUAAAUCAGUUAUGGAAUGGUUUUAUGAUUCAAAACCAUUAGUUCAUAGCCAUAAUGUAAAUGGGACAAGUUAUAAACGUUGGAAAUUAAAUAUUGAACAAUUAAGUACAUUACACAGAUUGUCAGAACGAUUACUUGGUGAUAUUACAGAUAUGAAUUAUUAUUAUUUAUUUAACAAAGAAUCUUUUUUUAAUGCAAAGGCAUUAAAUUGUACAUUAAUUGGAGGACCAAAAUUUGAACCAUUAUUUAGAGAUACUAAUGAUGAUGAAGACUGGAGUGAAUUCGAUGAUAUUAAUAAACUUAUUAUCAGAAGAAUUAUUCGUACCGAAUAUAAAGUGGCUUAUCCUAAUUUAUAUGCUAAUCGUCCAAGAGAAGUUCAUAUUAUUCCUUAUCAUUAUCCAAUGCAAAUGAUUGUUAAACCAGAUGACCCAACAUUACCCUCUUAUUAUUUUGAUUCAUUACUUAAUCCAAUCGAGUGGAAAAAUGAUUGGUAUGAAACUCAAGAAAUGGAAGAAGAUGAUGAUGAAACAAUUGAAUUUUAUGAUGAUGUUGUUGCAUUUGGUAAUACAAUUGAACUUGACAAUGAAAAAAUAAAAGAUGGUUUAAAUUUAAUUAAUGCACAAUAUCCAUUUAAUAAUAAAUAUGGAGUAACUAGAAGAGCACAAGAUGUUCCAUUGAUUAAAGGAUGGUAUUUAGAACAUAUUCAAAAGAAUUAUCCUGUUAAAGUAAGAGUAAGUUAUCAAAAAUUAUUAAAAUGUUAUGUUAUUAAUGAAUUACAAAAGAAACCACCAAAAUCUCUCUGUAAAAGAAAUUUCUUUGCAGCGUUGGAUGAGACACAUUUCUUUUAUCACACGAAAUUAGAUUGGGUUGAGGCAGGAUUACAAGUAAUUAGACAAGGAUAUAAUAUUCUUAAUCUUCUUAUUCAUAGAAAGAAUGUAGAUUUUCUUCAUUUAGAUUAUAAUUUUAAUAUUAAACCUGUAAGAACAUUAACAACAAAAGAAAGAAAAAAAUCACGAUUCGGUAAUUCAUUUCAUUUAAUAAGAGAAAUAUUAAAAAUGACUAAAAUUGUUGUUGAUGCUCAUUGCCAAUACAGACUUGGAAGAGUUGAUUCAUAUACUCUUGCUGAUGGAAUUCAAUAUAUAUUUAGUCAUAUUGGAACACUUACAGGAAUGUAUCGUUAUAAAUAUAAAGUUAUUCAACAAAUAAGAAUGUGUAAAGAUUUAAAACAUAUUAUUUAUUAUCGAUUUAAUACAAACUCUAUUGAAAAAGGACCUGGAAUAGGAUUUUGGGCACCAAUGUGGAGAGUAUGGAUCUUUUUAUUAAGAGGGUUAAUUCCAAUUUUAGAACGAUGGUUAGGAAAUCUUCUUGCUCGACAAUUUGAAGGUAGAAAAGCUAAAGCAAUAGCCAAAACUAUUACUAAACAAAGGGUUGAAAGUGGAUUUGAUAUUGAAUUAAGAGCUGCUGUAUUACAUGAAAUUAAUGAAAUUAUGCCUGAAGGAAUUAAAAGUAAUAAAGCUAAAACAAUUAUGCAACAUCUUAGUGAAGCAUGGAGAUGUUGGAAAGCAAAUAUUCCAUGGAAAGUUCCUGGAUUACCAGAACCAAUUGAAGCUAUGAUUCUACGAUAUGUAAAAAAGAAAGCCGAUUGGUGGACAGAUGUUGCACAUUAUACUAGAGAAAGGACUAAAAGAGGAUGUACUGCAGAUAAGACAGUUAGUAAAAAAAAUCUUGGAAGAUUAACAAGGUUAUGGUUAAAAGGAGAACAAGAAAGGCAAUUUAAUUAUUUAAAAGAUGGACCUUAUUUAACAAGUGAAGAAGGAGUAGCUAUAUUAACAACUACAGUUCAAUGGCUUGAAAAUCAACAAUUUCAACCAAUUCCAUUUCCACCAAGUAAUUAUAAAUAUGAUACUAAAUUACUUGUUUUAGCAUUAGAAAAUUUAAAAGAAUCAUUUAGUACUAAAACAAGAAUUAAUCAAAGUCAAAGAGAAGAAUUAGGAUUAAUUGAACAAGCAUUUGAUAAUCCACAUGAAUUUUUACUUAGAAUUAAAAGACAAUUAUUAACUCAAAGAACAUUUAAAGAAGUUAAAAUUGAAUUUGUUGAUAUGUACACCCAUUUAAUUCCAAAUUAUGAUUUUGAUCCAAUGGAAAAAAUUGCAGAUGCAUAUCUUGAUCAAUAUUUAUGGUAUGAAGGAGAUAAAAGACAUUUAUUCCCUAAUUGGAUAAAACCAUCAGAUACUGAACCAGCACCAUUAUUAGUAUAUAAGUUUUGUAAUGGAAUGAAUAAUUUAACAAAUAUAUGGAAUGUUGAAAAUGGAGAAUGUAAUGUUAUUGUAGAAUCAAAUUAUGAUAAAAUGUUUAAGAAAGUUGAUUUAACAUUAUUAAAUAGAUUAUUAAGAUUAAUUAUGGAUCCUUUAUUAGCAGAUUAUAUUACUGCAAAAAAUAACAUAACUUUGGCUUACAAAGAUAUGAUGCAUGUAAAUUCUUAUGGGUUAAUAGAAGGAUUAGCAUUUAGUAGUUUUGUUAUUCAAUAUUAUGGAUUAAUCUUAGAUAUUUUAUUACUUGGACCAAGAAGAGCAUUCGAAAUUGCAGGUACUGCAAAUCAGCCAAAUGAUUAUUUAACAUUUAAAACAAAAGAAAUUGAAGAACAUCAUCCAAUUAGAAUGUACACAAGAUAUAUUGAUAAAUUUUAUAUGGUAUUAAGAUUUACUGAAGAAGAAAGUAAAGAAUUAAUAGAAAAAUUAUUAAUAGAACAUCCAGAUCCAAAUAAUGAAAAUUCAAUAAAUUAUAAUAAUAAAAAGUGUUGGCCAAAAGAUUGUAGAAUGAGAUUAAUGAGACAUGAUGUAAAUUUAGGACGUGCCGUAUUUUGGGAGUUAAAGAAUAGAUUGCCACGUUCAUUAACUACUCUUAAUUGGGAAGAUUCAUGUGUUACAGUUUAUUCAAAAGAUAAUCCAAAUGUUUUAUUUACUAUGUGUGGAUUUGAAAUUCGUAUUCUUCCAAAAUGUAGAAGUCAAGAAGAAGAGUUUAGCAUUAAAGAAGAUGCAUGGGCACUUACUAAUAAUGAAACAAUGGAAAAAACAGCAAAUGCAUAUUUAAAAGUAAGUAAAGAAGAAAUUAUGAAAUUUGAUAAUAGAAUUAGACAAAUUUUAAUGUCAUCAAGUGCUACUACAUUUACAAGAGUAGUAAAUAAAUGGAAUACUGCGUUGAUUGGAUUAAUGAUGUAUUUUAGAGAAGCUACUAUUCAUACACAAGAAUUACUUGAUGUUUUAGUUAAAUGUGAAAAUAAAAUACAAACAAGAAUUAAAAUAGGAUUAAAUUCAAAAAUGCCUAAUAGAUUUCCACCAGUUGUAUUUUAUACUCCAAAAGAACUUGGUGGACUUGGAAUGCUUUCUAUGGGACAUGUUUUAAUUCCACAAUCAGACUUUAAAUGGAGUAGACAAACUGAUGUUGGUAUUCAAGCAUUUAGAGCUGGAAUGAGUCAUGAUGAAGACCAAUUAAUUCCUAAUUUAUUUAGAUAUAUUCUUCCAUGGGAAACAGAAUUUAAAGAUUCUCAAAGAGUAUGGAUGGAAUAUGCACAAAAAAGAAAAGAAGCUAUUGAAGAAAAUAGAAGACUAACAUUAGAAGAUUUAGAGGAUUCUUGGGAUAAAGGAAUUCCCAGAAUUAAUACAUUGUUUCAACAAGAUAAACAUACAUUAGCAUAUGAUAAAGGAUGGCGUAUUAGAACAGAGUUUAAACGAUACCAAAUUCAAAAAUUAAAUCCAUUUUGGUGGACACAUCAAAGACAUGAUGGAAAAUUGUGGAAUCUUAAUAAUUAUAGAAGUGAUAUGAUUCAGGCUUUAGGAGGAGUAGAAGGAAUUUUAGAACACACACUAUUUAGAGCUACAUUCUUUCCUACAUGGGAAGGAUUAUUUUGGGAGAAAUCAAGUGGGUUUGAAGAAUCAAUGAAAUAUAAAAAAUUAACUAAUGCACAAAGAAGUGGAUUAAAUCAAAUUCCAAAUAGAAGAUUUACAUUAUGGUGGUCACCAACAAUAAAUAGAGGAAGUGUAUAUGUUGGAUUUGAAACGCAGUUAGAUUUAACAGGAAUAUUUAUGCAAGGAAAAAUCCCAACAUUAAAAAUUAGUUUAAUUCAAAUAUUUAGAGCACAUUUAUGGCAAAAAAUACAUGAAAGUAUUGUUAUGGAUUUAUGUCAAGUAUUUGAUCAAGAAAGUAAUGAAUUAGAUGUUGAUAGAGUUCAAAAAGAAACAAUUCAUCCAAGAAAGUCAUAUAAAAUGAAUUCUUCUUGUGCAGAUAUUACAUUAUUUGGAAUGAAUGAAUGGGAAACUGGAAAACCUUCAAUGCUAACUGAUAAUAAAAAUAUCUUAAAUGGAAUUCAUACAAAUAAAUAUUGGAUUGAUGUACAAUUACGUUGGGGUGAUUUUGAUCAACAUAAUAUUGAAAGUUAUGCAAGACAAAAAUAUGAAAGUUAUAUAAAUGAUAAUAAUUGUUUAUAUCCUUCUCAAACUGGUGUUAUUAUUGCUUUUGAUUUAGCUUAUAAUACAUAUUCUGCAUAUGGAAAUUGGAUUCCUGGAAUGAAAGAUUUAUUACAAAAAGCAUUAGCUAAAAUACUUAAAUGUAAUAUUGCAUUAUUUGUAUUAAGAGAACGUAUUAGAAAGGCACUUCAAUUAUAUUCUAGUGAACCAACUAAUCCAUCAUUAUCUAUAACAAAUUAUGGUGAAUUAUUUACAAAUCAAAUUAUUUGGUUUGUUGAUCAUAGUAAUAUCUAUCGAGUUACAACUCAUAAAACAUUUGAAGGAAAUCACAUUACUAAACCAUUAAAUGGAUGUAUCUUUAUAUUUAAUCCAAGAACUGGAGGUGUUCAUUUAAAAAUUAUUCAUUCAUCAGAAUGGGAAGGACAAAAACGUAUUGGUCAAUUAAAACAUUGGAAAUCUGCAGAGGAGGUUGUUAAAUUAGUACGAGCAUUACCAAUUGAAGAACAACCUAAACAAAUUAUUGUAUCAUUAAGAGGAAUGUUAGACCCAUUAGAAACUCAUAUGAUUGAUUUUCCAAAUAUUUUAUUAAAAGGAAGUGAAAUAGCAUUACCAUUUGGUGAAAUUAUGCAAAUGGAAAAAGUUAAAGAUGCUGUUAACAAAGCUACUGAAUCAAUGUUAUUAAUGUUUAAUAUGUAUGAUGAUUGGUUAGAAACUGUUAGUUCAUAUACUGCAUUUCAUAGAGCUGUAUUAUUAUUAAGAGGACUUGGAAUAAAUCCUGUUAAAGCUAAAAAAAUUCUUCUUCCAAAUCCAACUAUUUCAAUUAAACCACAACACCAAUGGCCAACAUAUAGUGAUGAUGAAUGGAAAGAAAUUGAAAUUAAAAUAAAAGAUUUAAUUAUUGGAGAAUAUGCCAAAAAGAAUAAUAUCAGUGCAAGUAGUUUAACUCAAAAUGAAGUUAGAGAUAUUAUUCUUGGAAUGCAUAUUCAAACACCUUCUGCUGAAAGACAACAAGUUUUAGAAAUUGAAGGAGAAAAGAAUAUUCAACAAGGAAUUACUGUAACAACAAAAACACAAAAUAAAUUACAAGAAACUAUGACUGUAACAACAAGUACUCCUUAUGAACAAAAAGUAUUUGCUGCAACUCAAAAUUGGAGACAAAGAGCUAUUGAAGCAAGUAAAUUACUUGAUAAAAUGAAUAAUUUAUUUGUUGAAAAUGAAGGAGAAGGAAAUCCUAUUGUUAUUCCUAAAAAUAUUAUUAAAGGAAUUAUUCAAAUUGCAGACACCAAAAUUGAAAUUGGUGGAAUUUUAUUUGGUCAAGAAAGUACAAAAAAUAAAGGAAUUAUGGAAGUUCAAUGUUGUGUUUUAGUUCCUCAAUAUGCCACAAAUAAAUAUAUUGUAUUUGCUCAACAUUGCCCACAACAUGAGGAACUUCAUAAUAUGAAAGCAAUUGGAUGGAUUCAUACUUGUUCUGGUGAACCUAAGUUAACAGUAUAUGAUGCUGUAAUGAAUUCAUUAAUACAAGAACAUUAUAAUAUUGAUGGACAAUGUAUUUGUAUUGGUAUUGGAGAAGGUGCAAUUGGAAUUGAAGGAUAUUCAUUUAAUGAAAUUGGAAGAGAGUUUGGUAAACAAAAUAGUGAUAGUCUAAUUACAUUACAAAAUAAUUGUACUGAAGAAUUAGGAGUAAAACAACCACUUAUUGUUUCAGAAAAAAUUAAUGGAUUCUUUUUAAUUCCAGAAAAAGGAAGUUGGAAUUAUUCAUUAUCUACUUCUAAAUUUACUGUUAAUAUUGAAUAUACUCUUAAAGCUGGUAUUCCAUUAGAAUUUUAUAAUGAAGCUCAUAGAAUUACACACUUCCUUUGUUGGGUACAAAGUGAUGAAGAAAACAAUGAUGUUGAUAUGACUGAAUAUUCAUUAUUUUAA